UACGGAGAGCGGGGACGCGGGGCGCGCUGUCGGGCGGGGGCGAGGUUCGGGCCGGUUGUGCCGUUGCGAGGCUGUAGCUGCGGUCGCUGCGGUGGGCCAAGGAUUGCAUCCUGACUUUGUAAAUUGGAGAAGCCAGCGGUGCUGCCAGUGUUUUUUGGAGAAAGUGUUUGGAUCUAGUGCAUGUCCAAGUCAUUGUUCUAAUAAGGUAUAAUUGAAAAGUCGACCCUGUCUUCAGAGAUGUCAAAAACAAACAAAUCCAAGUCUGGAUCUCGCUCUUCUCGCUCAAGAUCUGCAUCAAGAUCUCGUUCUCGUUCAUUUUCGAAGUCUCGAUCUCGAAGCCGAUCUGUCUCUCGUUCGAGGAAGCGCAGGCUAAGUUCUAGGUCUCGUUCCAGAUCCUACUCUCCAGCCCAUAACAGAGAAAGGAAUCAUCCCAGAGUGUAUCAGAAUCGGGAUUUCCGAGGUCACAACAGAGGCUAUAGGAGACCCUAUUAUUUUCGUGGGCGCAACAGAGGCUUCUAUCCAUGGGGCCAGUAUAACCGUGGAGGCUAUGGAAACUACCGCUCUAACUGGCAGAACUACCGGCAAGCAUACAGUCCUCGUCGGGGCCGUUCCCGAUCCCGGUCCCCCAAAAGAAGGUCCCCGUCACCGAGGUCCAGGAGCCAUUCUAGGAACUCUGAUAAGUCUUCUUCUGACAGGUCAAGGCGAUCUUCGUCCUCUCGUUCUUCCUCCAACCACAGCCGCGUUGAGUCCUCUAAGCGCAAGUCUGCAAAGGAGAAAAAGUCCUCUUCCAAGGACAGCAGGCCGUCUCAGGCUGCUGGGGACAACCAGGGAGAUGAGGCCAAGGAGCAGUCCUUCUCUGGAGGCACCUCUCAAGAUGCAAAAGUGUCUGAGAGCUCGAAGCCAUGGCCAGAUGCCACCACCUACAGCACUGGUUCCGCAUCACGGGCCUCAGUUUCUGACCUGAGUCCCCGGGAGCGAAGCCCAGCUCUCAAAAGCCCUCUCCAAUCUGUGGUGGUGAGACGGCGGUCACCCCGUCCCAGCCCUGUGCCAAAACCUAGUCCUCCACUUUCCAGCACAUCUCAGAUGGGCUCAACUCUACCUAGUGGUGCUGGGUAUCAGUCUGGGACACACCAAGGUCAGUUUGACCAUGGCUCUGGGUCUUUGAGUCCGUCCAAAAAGAGCCCUGUGGGUAAGAGUCCUCCGGCUACUGGCUCCACAUAUGGCUCAUCUCAGAAGGAAGAGAGCGCUGCUUCAGGAGGAGCAGCCUAUACCAAGAGGUAUCUGGAAGAGCAGAAGACAGAGAAUGGGAAAGAUAAGGAGCAGAAACAAACAAAUAGUGAAAAAGAGAAAGUGAAAGAGAAAGGGAGCUUCUCUGAUGUGGAUGCAAAGAUGAAAUCUGAUCCAUUUGCUCCCAAGACUGAUACUGAGAAACCCUUUCGCAGCAGCCAAUCACCCAAAAGGUAUAAGCUCCGUGAUGACUUUGAGAAGAAGAUGGCUGACUUCCACAAGGAGGAGAUGGAUGACCAAGAUAAGGACAAAACUAAGGGAAGGAAGGAGUCUGAGUUCGAUGAUGAACCCAAAUUUAUGUCUAAAGUCAUAGCAGGUGCAAGCAAAAACCAAGAGGAAGAAAAGUCUGGCAAGUGGGAAGGCCUGGUGUAUGCACCUGGAGGGAAGGAAAAGCAGAGGAAAGCAGAGGAGUUGGAGGAGGAACCUUUCACAGAGAGAUCCAAAAAGGAGGAGCGUGGAGGGGCCAAGAGGACCGAAAGUGGGCACAGAGGGUUUGUGCCUGAGAAGAAUUUCAGAGUGACUGCUUAUAAGGCGGUCCAGGAGAAAAGCUCAUCGCCUCCCCCAAGGAAGACCUCUGAGAGCCGUGACAAGCUGGGAGCCAAAGGAGACUUUUCCUCAGGGAAGUCUUCCUUUUCUAUUACUCGGGAGGCCCAGGUCAAUGUCCGGAUGGACUCUUUUGAUGAGGACCUUGCACGACCCAGUGGCUUAUUGGCUCAGGAACGCAAGCUUUGUCGGGAUCUAGUCCAUAGCAACAAAAAGGAACAGGAAUUUCGUUCCAUUUUCCAGCACAUCCAGUCGGCUCAGUCUCAGCGUAGCCCCUCAGAAUUAUUUGCCCAGCACAUAGUGACCAUUGUUCACCAUGUUAAAGAGCAUCACUUUGGGUCUUCUGGAAUGACAUUGCAUGAACGCUUUACUAAAUACCUAAAGAGAGGAACUGAACAGGAAGCAGCUAAAAACAAGAAAAGCCCAGAGAUACACAGGAGGAUAGACAUUUCCCCCAGUACAUUCAGAAAACAUGGUUUGGCUCAUGACGAAAUGAAAAGUCCCCGGGAACCUGGCUACAAGGCUGAGGGAAAAUACAAAGAUGAUCGUGAUCUCCGCCUUGAUAUUGAGCGUCGUAAAAACCAUAAGGAGAGAGAUCUUAAACGAGGUAAAUCAAGAGAAUCAGUGGUCCGGGACUCAAGCCACUCCAGGGAAAGGUCAACUGAGAAAACAAGAAAAACCAUAAAGGAUCAAAGAAGCAAAAAGAAGCACAGGAGAGCACGAGACCGAUCCAGAUCUUCCUCCUCCUUCCAGUCAUCUCACUCCUACAAAGCGGAAGAGUAUCCUGAGGAGGCAGAGGAACGAGAGGAUAGCGCCACAGGCUUUGACAAAUCGAGACUGGGGACCAAGGACUUUGUGGGUCCAAGUGAAAGAGGCGGUGGCAGAGCUCGAGGAACCUUUCAAUUUCGAGCCAGAGGGAGAGGCUGGGGCAGAGGCAGCUACUGUAACAAUAACAACAACAACAAUGAUUUUCAAAAGAGAAACCGGGAAGAGGAAUAUCCAGAGUACACGCCCAAAAGCAAGAAGUAUUAUUUGCAUGACGACCGUGAAGGUGAAGGCAGUGACAAGUGGGUGAGCCGUGGCCCGGGGCCGAGGAGCCUUCCCCGAGGUCGGGGCCGGUUCAUGUUCCGGAAAUCCAGUACCAGCCCCAAAUGGGCCCAUGACAAGUUCAGUGGGGAGGAGGGGGAAAUUGAAGAUGAUGAGAGUGGGACAGAGAACCGAGAAGAAAAGGACAAUUUACAGCCCACAACUGAGUAGGGGCCACUCUUGACAGGAGCCCUUGCCCAGGGGAGAGAGGCGCUGGGAAUAUGGCUGGUGAGGAGCUAAAUAGAGGAGCCUCAGAGAUUCUGAAAAUCCCACCCCACCUCACCAGCUGAGCAGAAUCCUCCUACAGCAGAAAGUGUCCCUGGCGCAGUGUCCCACUGGACAGAGGAGGCCACCGGAGCCUUGGGUCAGGCCCAGCUCUGGAGCAGAACACAACACUUUGGGCUCUAGCUGUGUUUCAUUUGUUGUUGGUGUGUGGGGUGGGGCUGGGGUAGGGAGGGAGAGCAGUGCUUGGAUUUUGGUUUGUUCCCUAUUAGAAACCCAGCAGUUUUGUUCUUAAUUUGAUUUCAUUUGGAACUGAGAGGACUAAUUUGAUGAUUUUCAGUCUCUUCUCCCUUGUACUGAUUUUGAAAGUCCUUUUUUUUUUUUUUUCUUUUUUCUUUUUUCUUUCUUUCUUUUUUUUUUUUUUUUUUAGGCAUAUGUAGUAAUAUUAGCAGAAAGAUUUAAUUUGGGCAACUUUUGAUUCUUAAAAAACAAAGCAUGUGAAUAAACAUUGAAGUGUUCACCUCAGUUUGGGACCAAACUGCUUGGAUCUUUGUAAAAACCGGUUUUGUAUGUCAAGGAGGAGUUUAAGGCCUUUCUGACCACCUUGUGUUCCCCUUUUCUGCGCAGCCAUGUAUCACAUGGAGUUGCUUCCAUCCACUCCCGUGCACCCUGCUCCUAUAUUUUCUGAUUUCUUCUGGGCUGGGCUUCCCAUUUUCCACCAGCAGCUCCAGUAUCCCAAACUUUCUAGUCCUGCUGGUCCUCAGCAACAGGGGUGGAAACUGGAGGGCAGUUUCUGGUCUGUUUUCUAAGAAACUUCUGAAUUCUAUUAUCUUUACAAAUAUAAGAUGAGAAAAUAAUUUUUUCAAUAUUUUUUAUUAAUCUUUUUAUAAAAUGAAAGAAACUCCUAUGAUCGAUUAAGGAAGGUGGUUAUGGCUGGGUGGUUUGUGGGGUUGUGUGUUUUUUGAUUUUUUUUUUUUUUUUUCCUUUUCUCUUUUUAACCUUAAGCUUUAAGUUGAAACAUUCUCAGAUAUUUGGGGGGGAAACAUCCUCUUAAAAUGGGUCCUUGUGCUUGCCUUCUGGGGAGGCGGUCCUGAGCAGGUGAAUCAUAUGGCAUUUGUGCAUAUGUUAUAUGCGGACUGCACCCUCCUCUUCCCCCCAACCGUUGCCUCUUGGGUUGUUGUGCUACUUUCCCCUUACUUUGCUACAUUUCUAUGGUUAAGUUGGUUUUACUUGAAUGAUUCAUGUUUAGGGGAAAAAAAAUACCCUUAAAAUUUGUUUCAACUCCUCCUGCAAAUAAAAACAAUAAAUGAAGUGGCAGAUGU